GCACAUGCGAACGGUGUUUGGCUUUGUCAGUUUAUUGACUGAGCUAAAUCAGGAAAUGCCUUUUAAGACAACAAGCCCAGAUUCGUUGCGAUGCGUUCCUGUGAUUUUAGUCGCUCGAGCGUGUUUAAUAAACAUCGAGAGACUUGACCAGCCGUUUUAGAAAGAGCCGAGUGGAUGAUUUGAUUCAGCAGGAUGAAAAUUUAGAUAGAUGAGGUUACAUGAGCGCUGAAGGUUUGUAGGUGAGAGACAUCACAUCACACACCUUUAAUCAUGGCAAAAGCGAAAACAGACGAGGAGUUCACGUUCGUCAGUCCAGUGGUGAAAUAUUUACUCUUCCUCUUUAACAUGAUAUUUUGGGUAAUUGCACUGGUCCUGAUAUCUAUUGGAGUUUAUUCCAGGAUAGUUAAACACGAGACAGCACUGGCCUGUCUGACAGUGGAUCCUGCUCUGUUACUGAUGAUAUUGGGCAUUCUCAUGUUCUUCAUCACGUUCUCUGGCUGUGUGGGUUCUCUGAGGGAGAACAUAUGCUUACUGCAGACGUUCUGCAUCGUCUUGACUAUCAUCUUUCUGCUGCAGCUAGUGGCUGGUGUUCUGGGUUUUGUCUUCUCAGACAAGGCACGCGGCAAAGUAACAGAUAUGGUUGGCAGCGCCAUCAAGCAUUACAGGGAUGAUUUAGACCUACAGAACCUCAUUGACUAUGGACAAAAACAGUUUAACUGCUGCGGUGGGAUUUCGUACAAGGAUUGGUCUCAGAACAUGUACUUCAAUUGUUCAGAAGAGAACCCGAGUAAAGAGCGCUGUGCUGUACCCUUCUCCUGCUGCCUGCUCUCCACAGACGAGGCUGUUAUAAAUACCAUGUGUGGUCAUGGGAUGCAGGAGCUGGAAUAUCUUAAAGCUAGUGCCUUUAUCAAUACUAAUGGCUGCAUUGAUAAAGUGGUGAACUGGAUCCACAGCAACCUGUUUCUGUUGGGAGGCAUCGCACUGGGCCUGGCCAUCCCACAGCUGGUUGGGAUCCUCCUCUCUCAGAUCCUUAUUAAUCAAAUUCAGGAUCAGAUUAGACUACAGAAUUACAACAAACAACAUCGCUCAGACCCCUGGAGCUGAAACUGGCGAGAAAAAGACUGUAUAUGCAUUUCUAUAGAAAACAUGUUACUGCCUGAAGUGAUUGACAUGGACUGGCUUUUGAACAAGGAGAACUAGGGUUAAGAACAGGCAGCCAAGUCAUGUUUUCAGAUAAAAGGUCAUAUGUAUAAUAUUUUAUGAAACAGAAUGUUUGUAUGAAUAGUGUAAGCACACUGAAGAUCAAUAGGUCAAUAAAACUAUUUUGGGAUAUUUAUGAGCACAGAAUUUCAGUUUUUAAGGAGUGUUAUCCUAGCAAAAGAUGAUGUAAAGUAGUCUGAUAUAUGGACAUUUUUAAAAACAGAUAUGUUUUGGCAGAUAUCAUGAACAUCUGAGGUCAAAUAGAAAUGAAAGUAUUUUUAUUCAUCAGUAUAAUUUGCAUUAUAUAAUAAAACAUUCUCUUUAACAAGC